UGUCAUGCUCGCGCUCCAUUGAUACUGGCUGCCAGUACUAGAGCGUGGAGCGGACUAGGGAAAAACAUAAAGGAAAAACGAAAACAAUCAAGCGGCAACAUUUAAUACAAUAAUGAUAGCGACACAACUGCAGGCACUGGCAUCCCUUCGGUGACAGGCAAGACAUCACAAGGAAGAGGAGGAAGAGCUAGGAGAAGACCGCACAUCUGGGAAGACAUUUAAAAGUAACUAAAGCUUACUUGACCACAGGUAGUUAUCGCGCGUCAAAGAAUAUCAAAGUGCAGGUCAUGCGGAUAUCUCCGGGUGGAGAUCGAGCUGUGUUUCAUUGCUAGUAGAGUUCUUCUUGGGAAGAAGAUCACUUCUUUUCAGCUGAACAAGAACAGGGGAAAGCCAUGUCCAGAAGAAAGCAGAGCAAACCCCGGCAGAUCAAACGUUCUAUUGGCGACCUGGAGGGUGGUGAGGACAACGCACCUGACGACGUCAGCCUAUCAGGCGAUGAGGGCGGAGCCUCAGACUCAGCAGAAUGUGACAGCUCCAGUACACCACCAUAUACCCCCCUGUACAAUGAAGAGCCAAGGACACAUGAAUCCCUUUGUGCACCUGAUGAUGAUGAGGAKGAGGAGGAGGAGAAAGGUCCAACACACACUGAGGAGGAGAUGGAAGAGGAGGAAGACUGUCUACAUUGGAGGGGUCCAGAUGAUCUGGAGCUGAGUGAUGAUGCUGCUUACCCCAAGGUCCUGGCCUGCAGGGACCUCACCACCGACACAUUAUGGGGGCCAUACGCUGGGAUCGUCCAAACAGAAGAUGCGGGAGAUGACCAGGAGUCAGAGGUGAAGGUUCGAAGUGCAUGGAGGGAGAUGUUAGAGGUCAAGUAGCGGGUUGGGUUCUGUCAAUGGGACAGGAUAAUAAAAAAAUUACUUAUCACCCAUUAAUCUGUCAGUGGUGGGAAAUGGAAAUAUCUUUGUGUGCGCACGCUCCUAUUACCCCAUGGCCAAUCGCUAUAUACAUUUCCUUGGGAAAUGUUAGAGACAGGAUGUUCCUCUCGCUGGAGUUGUCUCUUAUUCAUCAUGUGCUGAAAGUCCAUCUAAUCAUGUGAUUCUGAGCUGGAAGAGUUUUCCUGGCACUGACCAGAUACAGAUACCAGAACAUUGCACACUCUCAUACACAAAAACACACACACAUACACACACACUUUCUCUGGACUG